AUGCCACUAAAAGUUUACAUGACAAAUAUAACUAGUAACCAAUUGAUCAUUGGUAAUCAACGUAAAUUAAAACAUAUUCUUGAUACAAAUAAAAUCGAUUAUAUUGAUAUUGAUAUAAGUGAUGCAAAAAAUUCGAAUGAAAAAGAAUUUCUACAACGUACAUUAGCAAGUUUCAAUCAAAAGAUGAUUUUACCACAGAUAUUUAACGAUGAUGAAUAUUGUUGUGAUUUCGAUGGUUUAAUUCUAGCUGUUGAAUCGAACACUCUUAAAUUCGUGUUAAAAAUCGACCAAGAAAAUGGUACACAUAGAAAUUAA